AUGUCAAAUUUAUACCCAAGAAGACGAGAUGGCAAUGAGGUCGCGAAGCUUAAGUGCGACGAGACGAAACCGAUAUGUGGACAAUGCAAGAAGGGCAAUCGUGAAUGCCAUCCCAGCGAUGGGGUGGUGUUUCGCCACCAGCAGAAUGCCUCGAUGAACGGUGCGGGAAAGAAGGAGGAGGGAAAGUUGGGAGGCUUUUACGCGUACAAGAAUUCCUUUAAGGAGAAUCAUACGUGGGUGGAUGUACCGAGGACAGUUACCUUUUGCAACAUCGCGGACCCAUAUAAUACGGAACCUAGCCCAGAGCCGGAUUUCCAGGAAAUCUCUGCACCCGUCGUUCCGCCUCGAGGUGACGAGAAGCCGCAAGGAUCUUAUCUGAAUAUACCUUAUGAACAGGCGCCGGGACUGGAAGCCCUCUCUGCAGCAGCAACGAGUACGUUCCAAUACAUACGACCGUCACCAGCAGAUUCUCACGCAUCGCCUUAUCAGUCCAACAACCUGAACUUCAUACUGAAUCCAACUGGGCCCGAGAGCUCACUUAGUUUCUCCUCAUCUGCUAUUGAUCCUGCCCUGAUGGACCCACCGCAGAUUCUAGUACUCGAUGAUCCUCCUCCUGUGGACGACCAUGAAGUUGCCUUUCUGCUCCGGCACUUUGGAGAAACUGCAGGCCAGUGGAUGGACCUGUUCGACCUGGGAUGCUACUUUGCUCACCAUGUUCCUAUUCAAGCACUGUCGAAUCCAUUGUUAAGAUACUCUGCUUGUGCGUAUGCCGCAAAGCAGCUGGGGCGUGUCCAUGGGAAGAAAGCAGCUGUCGGAGGAAACGCUGGGAGACUAGCGGAUAUGGAGCAAUAUCCUCGUCCACAGCAGUCUGCCAACUGGCCUUACGUUGGUGCGAAAUACUAUGAUAGAGCAAUCUUACUGCUCAUGGAAGAGUUGUCAAACUCUAGAAGUCAUGGAGCCCCUGUGGCCCCUUUGACUGGCGGAGAAGACGCAUUCACUCCCUCGAGCGAUCCUUCUUCCCUUGGUGACCAGCGAAUGCCAGGAAACAAGAGGCGUCGCUUGUCACGAUCGGCUCACUUCAGUCAUGCGGAUGAAACUUUGGCUGCGGCCGCAAUCUUAUGUGUCUACGAGUUUCUAGACAACGCGAACACGGCCUGGUCACGCCAUCUCAGUGGUACCAAGUCGUUAUUCGAUUUGGCUGAGAAGGAGGGAAUGAUGCCUGUUCAGUCACCAACUAGUCCAGGACAAUUGUCGGAACGGAUAAGCCCAUCAAGAGCGCGGAGGGCAACUUUCUGGAACUUUGCUCGGCAGGACUUCCUCGCAGCUUUCAUUAACAAGACUCAGACUCGACUCAAUACACAUGAUAUCUCGAUGUGGAAAGCAGCAGGGAUCCAGUUGGAUGAACAGGGCUUUGUGAUCGCAAGCAAUACCGAGGACUCGCAAUUUCCAGAUCGGCAAGCUGUCAUGCGCGAGGACAUGAUCUCGAAUGCAUUGAUCUGGCUCAUGUCCAAGAUAAUCAACUUUCUGGCAUCGGGGGACUCCGUCGAUCACGUAUAUCCACAAGAAAGCGGAAGCCCCUCGGGUAUCUUGGGUAUUAAUCAAAUGCUACUCCUGGAAAGAUGGAAAGAGCUCGAGAAGGAACUUGAGAUUUGGUAUCGCGGUCUUCCAGAAACCUUCAAGCCAUGCGCCCGUCUCCCACCUGUAGUGGACGGAAGUCUAUCACCUAAUUCUGCAAGAGCAAUAUUCUCUGAGAUAUGGUACAGCGUUCCCAUGUGUGCUUCGGCUAUGCAAUCGUAUCAUAUGGCUCGCGCAAUACUGCUCGUCAACAAACCUAACGAGUCGACCGCUCGCCGCUCUACGCUUUCAAGCCGGAUCGGCUGCUGCCGGAACAACGAGAAGGAAAUUCGCUAUCAUGCCCAUGAGAUUUGCGGGAUUGCCCUCGCAAGACCAGAUGGCAGUGUCAGAAUAAACCAAGUCCAAGCCAUGUUCGUUGCAGGGCAGUGCUUGACCGAGACUCGGGAACGUCAAGUCGUGCUUGAGAUUCUUCGAGAUAUUGAGACUGACCUUGGUUGGGCUACAGACUAUCGGGUGCAGAAACUGCUUUCGGAAUGGGGUUGGAACCAAGAACCCAGUUGA